AUGUACGAAUCAGCAGUUUCCAGUAAAACUCAACGAGUUAUAGUCACAUUGAUAAUUUUUGCAAUUUCAUUAACCGGACUAGUUGCAAAUCUUCUUGUCUUGAUGUUUGCAAAAACUUUGAAAAUCUUCCAAAAUUCUUUUGGGAGACUUUCAGCAUCGCAGUCGUUUGCGGAAGCAGUUUUAUGUGCCGUGUUUCUUUGUUUUUAUUGUCCUAUGGUUUUGCUAUUUGCGUCAAAUAUUUAUGAGAAGUUCAUCUUCUUGAGAGGAAAUGCCCGAUUUACUCCAGAGACUUGCAAACGUUUUGUUCUUCUAUAUCGUAAAAUUCUUAAAACACAUUUCUUUAAUGAUAAAUUCAUUUACACAGUAAUAAUUUUUACACAGUAA